UUGUCUUGAAAUCAGCUGGGUGCCCUCAAAAAAAAAUUAGAAUACUGCAGUGCUUGCUUUUUUAAUCAUUUCAUAUUAGUUUCCCAUAUCCACCAAAUAAAUUAUCUGUUUGGCAAAAUGAACCAUUAAGGAAUUGUAAAUACGAGCAGAAAUUACACUAGUUUAUAGGUUCAGAACAAAACAGUGGGUUUUGUUUCGUUUCCCUUGACUAAGGGGAGAUAAUUAAUGUUACAGUGUAAAAUAUCCUUUAUACUCCCCACAACAGCAGCUAUACUCUUCACGCUGCCACCUCCUAUGUGUAACCAUCGUAAACAUCUAAAGAUUAACGGGUGAUGAGUGCGAGUGAGUCCGUCGCCAUUUUGGUCAAUACCGGAUCCAACCUUGAACCCCCGAUCGCUCCCCAUCGUCCCAUCGUACCCCUAUCGGUAGUGUGCCACAGCAGCGACGGAGAAGACGUGCCUCUUGUACCGGAGGUCGCUUUUGACGGCAAUUUGGAUUCGCCGGGGAUCAAUAGGGAGUCUCAGCCCCUUUUGGGGGGUAUUGAGGUCUCUUACAACCAGUUUCCAGAUGAUCCAGAGUUCAGUGAAUUAAUUUGGCAAGCCGAAAACGCCAUAGAUAAUGGGAUAUUUCCUGAAAGGAUUUCUCAAGGGUCAAGUGGAUCAUACUUUGUGAAAAACCCUGCCGGGAAAAUUAUAGCCGUAUUUAAGCCAAAAGAUGAGGAGCCCUACGGCAGACUAAACCCAAAGUGGACCAAAUGGAUGCACAAGUUGUGCUGUCCGUGUUGCUUCGGUCGGUCAUGCUUGAUCCCAAACCAGGGUUACCUUUCGGAGGCAGCAGCUUACCUCGUCGAUAGUAAAUUAGGAUUAAAUAUCGUUCCAAAAACUAGGGUAGUAAAAUUAGUAUCAGAAACAUUUAAUUACUUAAGGAUAGAUAGACAAAAGGCUAGGGUAAAACGAGCAAUUAUGGAACAAUUUCCCAAUGUGGGCUUACGGUUUAAUAGGAUAGGAUUGCCACCAAAGGUAGGAUCAUUCCAAUUAUUUGUCGAUAACUUCAAAGACGCUCAUUACUGGCUCUCAAAAUUCGAAAUGCAGCCUCUACCACCACCAAUAUCGAAGAAGUUUCAAUUACAAUUUGAACGAUUAGUCGUGCUAGAUUAUAUUAUUAGGAAUACAGAUAGGGGGAAUGAUAAUUGGUUAAUAAGAUAUGACCAACCAACGAUAGCCAACGGACACACGGUAAGCGCCCAAGUGGAGUUAAGCGACAGCACCGAUUGGAGUUUAGUUAAUAUGCCGGAAAUUAGGAUAGCGGCCAUUGACAACGGUUUGGCUUUCCCGUAUAAACAUCCGGAUAGUUGGAGGGCAUAUCCUUACCAUUGGGCGUGGUUGCCUCAAGCCAAAGUACCAUUUGGUAAAGAGAUUAAGGAUUUAGUGCUGCCUUUGUUGGGCGAUAUGAAUUUUGUACAGGAUUUAUGUGAUGAUCUUUAUCUUCUGUUUAAACAAGACAAGGGUUUCGAUCGUAAUCUGUACGAGCGACAAAUGUCUGUGAUGCGGGGCCAAAUUUUAAAUCUAACGCAAGCUCUCAAGGACGGCAAGUCCCCGGUGCAGUUAGUGCAAAUGCCGGCGGUUGUUGUAGAAAAGAGAGAAUCUUUUUAUAGGUCCCAAGGACACCACCAUCGGUUCUUCAACUUUACCCAGCGAUUUCAGGAUAAGAGCCCAUUCUUUUCAUGGUGUUAACAUUGGCGUUUUCUAUUUUUGUAUAAAGGUUGGUUUGCACUGUAGAAAGAAUAACUCGUUUUAUGCAACAUUUACGAUUGAAGUCAAGUUUUAGAUUAUUCCAAUAUGGAUCUUCUAAUUUUCUUUAAAAAACUUUAUUUAAAUCCCCAGCAGGACGUCUUUUAUAUAUCUUAUAAAUUAUGUGAAUGUUUUUUACCAGUACCAUAAUUUUAUAAUUUCUAUAUUAUCUACUUUUCAUUUUUAAUCAUUAAAUUAAUGCUAUAGAUUUUAUAUGAUAAAUAAUAUAAUGUAUAUAUUGUGAUUUAAAAUUAUUAAUAGGAUUAAAGAAUUUACAGAAGCA